AUGUCGGAAUCGACUUGCUGUCAACGAGUUCGGCCAACCGGUUGGGUUUCCGCUGAAGGACUAGACGCCCCCACCGUUCCCGCCCUAUUCGGCGCUGGUUUGACGCUACUGCCAGCUCGAGCCAUUGACAGCGGCUCGCCACGCUCGGGACUUCUGGGACGCUCAGCAGGACGACCCCAAGGGCGCCAACUGGACCUGCCAUUCACGACCUUCAACGAGUUCGAGGAGUACUGCCUCAGCACCGAGAAGGUUCGCGACUCGCAGAUAUACGCUAUCGUGGUGGACGGCCACGCCGUCGGAAUGACCGCGUACAUGCGCAUCAACCCCGAUGAAGGUGUGAUCGAAGUUGGCCGUGUGUUCUACACUUCACGACUGCAACGGACCCGCGCCGCUGCCGAGGCGUUGUAUCUCCUCGCUGCGAAUGCCUUCAAGCUCGGGUAUCGUCGCUACGAGUGGAAGUGUGACAGCUGCAACCUGCCCUCGCGCUAUGCUGCAACGCGAUACGGCUUCACGUUCGAAGGGCUGUUCCGUCAAGCGGUCGUCUACAAAGGCCGCAACCGCGACACGACGUGGUUCUCCAUCAUCGAUCAAGAUUGGAACGCUGGUCUGAAGGAGGCGUACGAGCGUUGGCUCGAGCCGAGCAACUUCGACGAGAAUGGUCAGCAGAAGCUGAAGUUGUCCGAGCUGACAGCGCCGUUCGUGCAUGCCACGUCGUAG